UUAGAAACUGCUUAAAAUGAAAUAAUUUAUUUAUUUAUUUUCUUGAACGCUCAUAGCCAAACUCCCCGCCAUGGCUUCUCGGGGAAAUCGGGACGACCGGGAAGAGUCUGAUGAGGAAACCGACGACGAAGAUUACGCACCUGAUGACGAGGAGACUGAAGAGGAGUACGAGGAAGCGGAGGCUGUCGUGGUGGAGUCGCCGGAAAUAGAAAUAUUGGUUGUUCCGGCAGGUGGAGGAGAUGUGGCCGGAGAGGGGGGUGAGGACGAGGGAGAGGAGGAGGAGGAGGAAGAGGUGGUAGUGGUGGAGGAACCGGGAUGUGGUAUAGGUCGAGGGCGAGAAUGCGAAGAGAGUAGCAGCGGCACUGAGGGACAGUUGCAGGCCGGGUCGGACCCCUCUUGCCUUCCAAGCUGCCCUAUCUGCCUUGUUCCCUGGACUCCUGAUGGUCCUCACCGAGUGUGUUGCAUUCCCUGUGGACAUGUUUAUGGUAGAUCUUGCUUAGAAAAAUGGAUCAAACAAUGCAAAAAGAGUGCAGCGAAGUGUCCACAAUGUAGCGCAAGGUUCAAGCAAACCGAGAUGAUUAACCUAUAUGCUCCGCUGAUUGCAAUCACCAAUACUGACCUAGAAAAGGAAGUGCUCUCAUUACGGGAAAAAAAUGAAUCCCUUAAAUUGGAGGUGAGUUUUAGGAUUUACUUGAUAUCAAUAUUUUGUCCCAAUGUCCCUACAUUCCGUGGACGUGCGUUUGUAGAAUUUGUCAGACACCUUCUGUCUGCUUGCAUAAGUGUUGCAGAUCCGGUGGCGUCGUUUUUGGAUGCCAUGAGGUUCAAGAUAGAUAAUAUUCUCCCAAAUUUCCGCCGCCUCCGGGCGUACUCCCCGUUUAGGGGAACAAUGACGGGAAAAACUGGGCCUUUCCCUCCACAGCUAAGAAAGCACGUGUAUGAACUUCGAAGAAGAGAUUAUGGAACGAAGGGAUCGCUCGCCUACCUGACGAUGGAGUGUCAGCGCCGGUUCCCCUCCCAGCCACGACUAAGAAAAGACGUGUAUGGCAGACACCGGAACUCACACGCAUGCCGAGAUAAAGGAGAGAACAAACAAGGGUUCCAGAAAAAUUAUUACCUUCUGGGAAUCGGCAGGACCGGCGGUAUGUCGGCAGAUGGAGGGCUCGGCAUUGUUGAUGCAAGGAGAGGGCAAAG